AUGGCAGGUCGAUAUACCUUCACUAAUCAGAGGUCCAAGGAGGCUCCCAUGGACUUCCAAUGGACUAAUCGAAGCUCAGUGAAGCCAGCUUGGGCAGCUGAUACUGAAGAACCAAGAACCCCUCGAAAACGCUCACACGAUGCGUUGACACCAUCUACACCCUCACUCACGGAUACCACAAAUCAACCAAUGUUUGGUUCGAAUCAAAACGUUCCGUUUCUCUUCCACCCAACACCGGGUCCUCAGACGCCGCAUUCGCAUCCAUGGGUUCCGCCACCACAAUUUUCUCCUACAAAGGCGUUUCCUGCAACUGAGAUCAAAGAUAUUGACAUGACAGAAGCCAGUCCGUUGAAGGGUGAUGAUGCCAAAGGCAACGAGCUCGUAGUCAAAGAAAAAGAGGGAGAUAAGGAUAGAGGUAGACCUGUGGCAGCUGGUGGACUGCGACGCGUAUUUAAACAGCGGACAAGACGUUUGAAUGGGCGUAGACAACGACGGGAAGAAGAUGAAGGCCCUUCGAGCUCAGCAGACGAAAGCGACGAAGAUGGCAAUGUAGUGCCUCAUACCCAAAAUACCUCAAAUCAUUAUACUCUCAAUAUGCCUGCACCGCCUGCCCCACCCUCGGAUACGCCCUAUGUCCUUCUUGGUUAUCUCCAGUUCUUCUUCAAUCUAUCGCUAAUCUUGAUAUUCCUGUAUCUUUUCGUGCAGUUCAUCAUCACUGUCCAAAGAGAUGUGGGUCUCCGUAUAUCCGAGUACUCUCAAGACAUCAUCCAGGAAAUCGGUAUAUGUGCAUUGCAGUUCAAGAACAAUAACUGCGAUACUAUAUCAAAAACGGUCCCGGCCAUGACCCAACAAUGCGCAAAUUGGGAGGCCUGCAUGAAUCGCGACCCUACCGUUAUCGGGCGCGCAAAAGUUGGAGCCGAGUUAAUCGCAGAGGUCAUAAACGGAUUCGUCGAACCAAUCACCUGGAAGACCUUGAUAUUCACGUUGACGUCCUUGGCAUUCUUGACGGUCUUUAUCAACACCCUGUUGUCGCUCUACCGGGCAAAGCACCAGCCAACCCCUGCCCCAGUGCAUCACCCCGCACCGCCCCCCUUUCCAUACAUUGCCCCUGGCCCUGCUCCCAAAUGGAGCCGUUAUCAGGACGACCAGGAUCUAGAGUCACCUCCUAGGAGACGACGACUGGAAGGUGGACUUGCUGCGAAAAUAAGAUAA